GGCUGUGGUCAGUGUUGUCAUGCCGGGCUCGUGGUGAGGGUCAUGGCUCGCUCACACCUCCUCAGGACUACCUCGAGCUCGGGGCUACAACUCGUGGUGCUACUGUGCUGUGUGUGUGCCUGCCUCGGACAGUAUUAUCAGUAUCCAAGCAAUGAGAUUCCGUACGACCAGGAGGUGGUGGUGGAAGCGCUGGUGCCCGAGACGAGAGGCAGGAGUUCGCGCUGCUACGACGAGGCGGGGAAGGCACAGAAAUGCGUGCCGGAGUUCGUGAACGCAGCCUUCGGGCGGCCGGUGGACGUGACCAACACGUGCGGGGUGGAGCGGCCGCAGGAGUACUGCCUGCAGACGGGCGGCUAUGGGUCGAAGAAGGCGUGUGAGGUGUGCAACGCGUACCAGCCUGAGCUAGCCCACCCCCCACACUACCUCACCGACUUCAACAACAACGACAAUCACACGUGGUGGCAGUCAGAGACCAUGUUUGAGGGCAUCCAGUACCCCUACCAAGUCAACAUUACGCUCAAUCUAGGUAAGGCCUUCGACAUCACCUACGUCGGGCUGUUCUACCACUCCCCGCGCCCUGAGUCCUUCGCCAUCUUCAAGAGGACCACGUAUGAGGACGACUGGACGCCUUACCAAUACUACAGCGCCACAUGUCGAGACACAUACGGCAUCCCAGACUCAACGUACGUGCGGCGGGAGGACGAGACGCGGGCCCUGUGUACCUCGGAAUUCUCAGACAUCUCCCCGCUGACUGGUGGAAACGUGGCCUUUUCGACGCUGGAGAGCCGCCCCUCCGCCUACAACUUCGAGAACAGCCCCGAGUUACAGGACUGGGUGACGGCCACGGAAAUUCGCAUUGCGCUGGACCGCCUCAAUACCUUCCGUGACGAGGUGUUCGGGGACAUUAAAGUGCUGCGGUCUUACUUCUACGCCAUCACUGAUCUGGCUGUCGGAGGAAGGUGUAAAUGCAACGGCCACGCCUCGGAGUGCGUGGAGUCGACGGGCCUGGACGGACAGAGCCAGCUGGUGUGUCGCUGUGAGCACAACACUGCGGGACGGGACUGUGAGGAGUGUCUGCCCUUCUACAAUGACGCCCCCUGGGGCCGCGCCACCUCCAGCAACGCCAACGAGUGCCGCAUCUGUAAAUGCAAUGGCUACUCCAACCGCUGCUACUUCGACCAGGAGCUGUACGACAGCACAGGCCAUGGUGGGUACUGCCUGGACUGUGCUGCCAACCGUGCUGGCCCUAACUGUGAGCGGUGCCGAGACAACUACUAUGAGAGGACAGAUGGAGUGUGCAUUGCCUGCAACUGUAAUGAAAUUGGGUCCCGAAGCCUCCAGUGUGCCACAACUGGAGUGUGCCAGUGCAAGCCAGGAGUCACUGGGGACAAGUGUGACAGGUGUGCUGAGAACUACUUUGACUUUGGACCCCAGGACAGAGCUUUUGGAAUGGAGGGAUGCAAACCGUGUGGGUGCAACACUGCUGGCAGCCGGGACAAUGAGGCCAACUGUGACCCCUCGACGGGUGUGUGCGUUUGCAAGCAGCACGUGGAGGGCCAGCAGUGCCAUCAGUGCAAGCCAGGAUACUUCAACCUAGACCAGGAGAAUGAAUUUGGUUGCACCCCUUGUUUCUGUUAUGGCCACUCCUCUAUCUGCUCCUCAGCCAGUGGCUACUCUCAGGGAGUGAUUGAGAGUGGGUUUGUGCGUGGCGAGGAGCGCUGGCAGGCUGUGGAAUCUACCGGCCGGUCUGUGUCCCUCAACUACAAUGCUGUGGUGCAGAGUCUGGCUGUGGCUGCCCCAGGACGGGACAAGGUGUACUUCUUGGCCCCAGCUCGGUUCCUGGGAGACCAGCGAGCCAGUUAUAACCACAAGUUGUCCUUCUACCUUCGCAUUGGGGAACUCGGACCUCAGGCCACCACAGAGGACAUCAUCUUUGAGGGCGCUGGACUGGCCAUCUCUGCUCCUAUAUUUGCUCAGGGUAACAGCCUUCCCAGCACACAGAAACAAAAAUACACCUUCCACCUUCAUGAAGACUCUAAGUUUGGAUGGUCUCCUCGCCUGACUUCUAGAGACUUCAUCUCCCUCCUCUCCAACCUGACAGCCAUCAAGAUCAGGGGGACAUACACCUAUGAAGGCAGAGGUUUCCUGGAUGACGUGAGCUUUGAGACAGCCCGCCGAGGUCUGUAUGGGGUACCUGCUACCUGGAUUGAGAUGUGCACAUGUCCUGAGGGAUAUGUGGGACAGUACUGUGAGUCCUGUGCUCCUGGCUACCGCCACAGCCCAUCCAAUGGGGGUCCCUUUGCUUCCUGCAUCCCUUGUGACUGCAACUCCCAUGCUGAAAUUUGUGAUUCUGAGACAGGUCGGUGCAUCUGCCAGCAUAACACAGCUGGGGAUCAGUGUGAGCUUUGUGCCCGGGGUUACUACGGUAAUGCUCUCCGUGGCACUCCCACUGACUGCCAGCCUUGUCCUUGCCCCAAUGGAGGUGCUUGCAUCCAGCUGCCAGAUGACACCGUGGUAUGUCUGGAGUGUCCUACUGGCUAUGCAGGACCUCGAUGUGAGCUGUGUACAGACAGUUUCUUUGGGGAUCCUCUUGGGCGCCACGGUCCUCCCCGCCCCUGUGAGGAGUGUGACUGUAAUGGCAAUAUUGACCCUAAUGCUGUGGCCAACUGUAACCGCACAACUGGAGAGUGUCUGAAGUGUAUUCACAACACAGGAGGGUUUUACUGUGACCAGUGUCUGUCAGGCUUCUAUGGUGAUGCUCUGGCACUGCCCAAGGGUGACUGCCAGCCCUGCUACUGUAAUGCCUAUGGCACUGUGGCUGAGCUUUAUGGCCCCCCUGUGUGUGACCAGGUGACUGGCCAGUGUCAGUGUAAGGAUCAUGUGACAGGCCUGAAGUGUGACAAGUGUGAGCCAGGCUUCUGGAACUUGGUCAGCGGAGAGGGUUGUGAGUCUUGUAGCUGUGACCCGAUAGGUGCCCACAACAGUACCUGUGACGUGCGCACUGGUCAGUGCUUCUGUCGGGAGGGAGUGACAGGCCAGAAGUGUGACCUGUGUGAGCCCUUCCACUAUGGCUUUUCCUCAGAUGGUUGCCAGCCCUGUGAAUGUGACAGUGUGGGCUCCAGGUCCCUGCAGUGUGAUGCCACAGGACAGUGCCCGUGCCGGGAAAAUGUGGAUGGCCGUCAGUGUGACAGGUGCCAGGAGAACACAUAUGACAAGCAGGCUGGCUGUAGAGACUGCCCUGCCUGCUACACCCUGGUGCUGGACAGUGUCAGUGUGCACCGGGAGCGUCUUGCUGAGCUGGAGCGCCUGCUUCAAGACAUUCUGAUUCACCCAACGGUGCUCAAUGAUGAGGACUUUGAGGAGACUUUGUCUACUGUCAUGAGUCAGGUGGAGAACCUCUGGAAGGAUGCACAAGAAGCUGCACGCUCGGAAGGGGACAAGACAGUGGCCAAGCACAUUGAGGAGCUGGAGGAGCGCAUUGGAACUGUGGUGAAAUUGCUGAAAGAGAUCAGGACUGCCAUUGGGCUGGGUUCAGACUUGGCUGUCCAAGGGAAGUUCAACAUCACACAGGCCGAGGGCAUCAUCCAGCGGGCCCAGGAGGCACUCAGGAAUGCACAACUGUACCUUGAUGUGCAGGGCAACGAGGCACUCAGCAGAGCACUGGCAAGUUCUGAAGGAUUUGGCCAGCAGUCUGAGAGAAUGACACAGAUUGCCAGUGAAGCAAGAACCUUGGCAGACAAACAAGAAGAUGAAGCUGAGAACAUUGAACAGGUUGCAUACGAGGCUCGGAACAUCUCCGACGAGGCUGUAACCUUAGUAAGAAAGGCAGUGAAUGACCAGCGGGACAUCACAGACAUGAUUAAGGGGCUUAAAAAUCAGGUAGAGGACAUUGCAGCCUUACAUGAUGACACGCUGAAGAUUGCUAAUGAGUCUCGCAUCUUGGCCAAAGCUACAUACCUGGAGGCCUUGGCAAUAUCCACUGAUGCUUCCAGCAUUGCCAUCCCUCCCAUUGAUGCUGCUGCACUCAAAGCUGAUGCAACCUCACUGUCUCAAGAGGCUGAACGGAUCAAGACAGAGGCUGAGAGUUUGAUAGGAAACCGGCAGGAUUUGGUAGUGGACGUGCAGGCCCAGCUAAUAGAGACAAGGGAACUGGUAGAGCGUGGCAGAGCACAGCAGCAGGUCACUUCUGAGUUGCUGGCAGACACAUUCACAGCUGAGGGACAGGCAAAGGAUGCCAUCAAGACUGCUGAGAAGACUCUGUCAGAAGCCAAAGAGACUCUGACUACCCUUGAAGGCUUUGACAAGCUAGUGCAGGAGAGCCGUGAGGAGGCAAAGGAUGCCUUGGGUCGUGUGGAAGUGAUUGAGCGGCUCAUUAAUGAAGCUGAGGACCGCACAGAUGAAGCAGAGGCUGCACUGACUGGAGCUGAGGAAGAUGCCAAGAAUGCUCGGGACAUUGCACAGGCAGCACAAGAGAUAGCCAACGAGGCGAGUGAUGAGGCAGGUGAGGUGCGGCUCAAGGCUGACACCACCAAAGCGGAGGCCAUUGCCCUCAAGGACACGGCAGAUGAGCUGGCCAGUCAAGUGGCCGGCACUGAGGCCCGUAUAGCUGACUAUGAGUUGCGGGUAGAGUCUGACAAGCAGCAAGUACUGGAGGCACAGGAGAAAGCAAACCAGGCAAAGGGCAGGGCAGAUGAUGCCAGUGCCCGGGUUCACCAGGCCUAUGAAACUGUCCAAGAAAUCCUGGACCUGCUGGAACGUUCCACAGACUUGGACCCAUCCCAGCUGGAGGCUCUUGAGCGCCGCCUCAAUGAAGCUUGGCAGACCUAUCAUCAAAGCGGUAUUGAGACCACUGUUACUGAAUUCACUGAGGCUCGCAAUUGGCAGCAACGCCAGAUUUCCCUUUAUGAAGAGGAAAUCAGGAGGCUGCAGAUAGAAGUUCGUAACAUUGAGGAGAUCAAAAUUUCCCUUCCAGAUGGGUGCUACAGUCGAAUAAAGAUUGAAGUUUAGAGGGUAAUUAUUAUUAUUUCCAGAAAUCUUACAAGAUCUAGGAAGGUACUACAUGAGAUAGAUGAUCAGGGAGUGAUAAGUGUGUUUGGGGGAAAAAAGCUAAUCCUUUUCAUUAACUGUACAUAAACUACUUGUGCGUUGUUUGUUGUGUCAAAACUGAGAGACCUUUUGUACAGUCUUUUAUAAAUUUCAACCAAAGGCUAAUAAAUACACUAACAUUAUUCUCUCCUCCAGUAAUGCAUCUGCCCAGUGCUGGCAGAGUGCUGUCAAGGUUGUGCCAACACUUGCCUCAUUGAAAGAGCACAACUUUCUCUUUAAGUCAUGUUUCUUGUAGAGUAUAUACUAAGACUAUCUUAAGAGUAUAAACUGUGUGAGCAGUGUUUCUUCCCACAUCCACACUGCAAGGUGUUCAAGGCAUCAGUUCAUGUCAUUACUGUCAAAGUUGGCUGUGUAUUAAGAUUUGUUUGUUACAAUACCCUUUAUAUAUGUGUUUUUUAAACAUCUAAUGGCAAUACCUUGAAUUUGGAGAGAAAAAGUUGUGCAAGAUGAGUGAUGAUGAAACUAUGUCCUGCAAUGCCCUGCCUUCAUCUGAGGCUGCUGAGGUGCCAACACUGCCAAACAAGCUGCUUAGAGAUAAUUUCUCCAGUCUCUCCAGUGACCUUAUCAACACUGCCUUACAAUACUCACUUGCUUUGUCUUACAUAGGAUGUAUAAGACUGCUCCUAAUUAUGUUCAUAGUGGGUCUAUCAAGUGGGACAAAUUGUUCUGCACUAAAUAAGAUGCCUAAUGAAGUUCUAGUGUUUGUAUUUUCAAGUUGGUUUUGCAAGAAAAGAAAUUUUAGUCAAUAGUUAUAAUAUCUAGGUUUGAACUUAACACUUCUUAGGAAUUAAGAUGUGAAAAAUUUAAUUAUUUGUAAUAUUUUUAUAAGGAUGCUAGUGUAUGCUACUUGGUUGUUUUUUGUGAAAACAAGUCUACUUUAUAAUUUCCUUAGGUGUAGGGAUGUAACUUUCCAGCUCUGAUCUACAUUGUUUGCAUUUGUGGACAAUUAUCACAACCUGUAAAAUUACCAAUAGAUUAGUGUGACCAACUUGUAGUUAUAAAUUGUUUUAAGUCUGACACCACAGUGUAUAUCAAACUGGUCAUACUGCUUAAUUUAAAUAGAUGUACAUUACUCUGGCCAGCUGACACUGCAGACAUUAUAAUAUAGUGAUCCUGCUUCUGAAGUGACUUUGGAAUUGCAAUGAAAUGUUUUGUUGCUGUACAUUUAACUCCUCCAUUUAGGAUGAUUGUGAAGAGAAAGCAACAGUAAUAAUCUGCAGAAUGAAUUGAGGCUGAGGGGUGAGGUCUUUCUCCCUCCACAUAUUCAACCAAAGAUGUUAUAAAACAAGUGAGGGAGAAAAGUGGCUUUCCUCUCAACACACUCUUACUAUAAGCUGCCAAAUAGUAAUUGUGAUGUUCCAUAGGUGCCAAUAUUUAGAAUACAAAAUAAAAUUUUUAAUUAAAAUUG